UCUAAUCUUAUCGACAGUGGGCUAGCAUCGCGGGGCCACAGUGUCGGCUCACCGUUGAUAAGCACGGUGUUGAGGGGGCCACUUACAGACGAAAGACAGAGAUGGUGUGGUUGAUGAGGCAAUAAGAAGUUUGAAGCAGCACAGCAGUUCCAAGUCCACAAAAAAUACAUUUGCACUCGAUUUGCGAGGCCCAUCAUUGAGUAGUCGCCGAUGACCCUCUGCCUCCACGGUGUGGCUCAUUACAGCUGUGCACCAACGAUGACAACCCAAGAUCAAGUCAACCCCCCACCCCCAGAGGGAGAAUCCUCCAUCUCCCUCCCGGGAAUCUACGUCUCCCUCACCGACUUCCCCCUCGACAUCCUCUCAAUAAUGGACAAAGUCCGUAGCCCAGAAGCGGGCGCCAUCGUCACCUUUGCCGGCACGACAAGAAACAACUUCGCCUCCAAACCCGUCACCUCCCUAACCUACACCUCGUACCGCCCCCUAGCCCUCCAAACCCUCUCCUUCAUCGCCUCUUCGCUUCUGACCAAGCACGCCCUAAAAGGAAUCGCCAUCGUCCAUCGCCUGGGCACAGUCCCCAUAGGCGAGGAGAGUAUCCUCAUCGCGGUGAGCUCUGCCCAUCGGAAGGCUGCGUGGCUCGCGGGCGAGGAGGCGCUGGAGGAGUGCAAGGAGAAGGUGGAGGUUUGGAAACGGGAGGAGUUUAAGGAUGGGGGGGUUUGGAGGGCUAAUAGGGAUGGGCAUCAGGGGGCGGAGGUGAAGGAGGGGAGCAAGGGCGAGGAAAAGGGAAGAGGGUUUGCAUGUUGGGAUUUGGCUUGUAAUGAUGCUUAG